AUGACGAUGGAGGGGCCAGAAGAGAUUGGCAUGCAGAUUUUUGACGAUAUGUCUCUGUGUGGAUAUGAGACAUUUGUCAGGGACAUGGAGAAGUUGCGCAUCGCCAUGAACAAUAAGGUAGUGAAGAACAACAGAAAGGGCUGUAGCAAGGUAGCAAGGGAUCUGGUGGACCUACACACUUUGUUGAUCCAUUGUGCACAAGCGGUGGACACCGGCAAUCUCAAGAUUGCAGUUGAGCUACUGAAGCAGAUCAAACAGCACGCAUCAGCAACAGGGGAUGCCACACAGCGGUUAGCUCUAUGUUUCUCCAAGGGGCUAGAGGCCCGGCUAGUGGGCACAGGAAGCCAGGUUUCGAAGUUGCUCAUGGCAGAGCGACCAUCAGCUGUGGAGUUCCGCAAGGCCUACAGCAUUUACAUAGCAGCCUGCUCCUUCAACAAGGUAGCACACAUUUUUUCCACAAGGAGCAUCAUGCAGACCAUGGUGGGGAAGAACGGGCUGCACAUUGUGGACUAUGGUGCUAUGAAUUAUGAGUUCCAGUGGGCAGACUUGAUCCGGUUGCUGGCAAACAGAAACAGAGAAGGUGACCCACCUGAGAUGAAGAUCACCGCCAUUAGCGGUUACCAGCCUAGGGCCUGUCCAAGUCAAUGGAUUGAGGAGCAAGAGCACCGGCUCAACAUGUGUGCUAGUGAGUUUGGCAUGCCAUUCACAUUUCGAGCCAUCACAAUGAAGCGGGAGUUAGUUUCCAUAGAGAACUUGAAUAUAGACGAAGAUGAGGUGCUUGUCGUGAAUGACAUCUUUAAUUUGAGCAGCUUGGUGGGCGAGAGCUCAUUCUUUGGUGACUUGAGUCCUAGGGAUACUGUCCUCAAUAACAUAAGGAAGAUGAAGCCCAAUAUUUUCAUCCAGAGCGUUUUGAAUUUCUCACAUGGUACCUCCUUCUUGUCACGGUUCCGAGAGGCACUGUUUUGUUACUCAGCACUGUUUGACAUGUUAGACACAAUUGUCCCACGGGACAGUGAACAACGAUUGGUGCUGGAGCAGGGCAUGCUUGGGCGUUGGGCACUGAACGCCAUCGCCUGUGACGGUGUGGACCUCAUUGACCGCCCUGAGAAGUAUAGACGGUGGCAGGUGAGGAAUCGACAGGCCGGUCUGAGGCAGCUGCCGCUCGAUCCAGACAUUGUUAAGGAACUAAAGGACAUGGUCAAGAAGCACCACCACAAGAACUUUUUGCUCAGCGAAGAUGACCAGUGGCUAUUGCAAGGAUGGAAAGGUCGCGUCCUCUUUGCCCACUCGACAUGGGUAGCAAACGACGCAUCUUCUGAAUGA